UGAAAUUUAGACACGGCAGGACCCAUAAAUUAUUAGUGCCCGUGCCGGGCUGACCCAUUUAUUUCGUGCCCGUGCUCGCGCCAGCCCAUGGGCCGCCCGGUGCCCACAUACAUGCGCGAGCUUCAACAACUUAGAUCAACAACAGUGGAGGCGGUGGCUCAACUACGACGAUGGCUUGGUGGUGGCGGCAGCUUGGGGUUUAGGAUUGGCGAUUUUCUUUUAUUUUGUCAUGUUUGAUGAGUAACUGAGUAUAAAGAGGGAAGGGUAGUAACGUCAACUUGGUUUUAAGUUAGGGUGCGCUGCACCUACGUGGCGGCCACGCACUAGAUGUAGGGUACAAAAGACCAAAGGAACACUGCAAAAGUGGUAAAGAAGAGGGGAAACCCGGGUGGCGGAGACUACGGCGACGCCAGAGGUUUUUAUAAACCGGCGGCGAAGCCUCAGUCACGCAUGGGAAAAGUACUAUUUCAUCCUUUUUAGUGGCAUUUUGUGUUUUUUAUAUUUUUUCUUUCUUUCUUGAUAUUUAUUUAUUAUUUUAUUCAUGUUGGACAAAGUGGGAAUGGCACAGUAAAUUUUAAAAAAAUAGGUUUGUCCACCAGCUGGAUGUUUAGUAUUAGAGGAUAAGGGACGCGUCACCUACCUGACCUUAAUGGAAUAAUAAUUUGUCCCACUAUCUAUCUCGCCCUAAUUAUCAUGUGAAUUAAUUAGAUUUAAUUAUUAGUUGGUAUAUCAGAAUGGAGAUCUGAAUUGAAAUUACAACAUCUACAUGAAACUUGAAAAUUACUAUAAUUAACAAUUAUCGAAGUCGAAAAAAAUAUUUUAACUUCAUUAAUUCGCGUCUAAAUUUCUUUUAGCUAUUUGGGUUUUUGCAGAAAUAAAGGAUUGAAUUAUCCAAAAGAAAAGAAACUGCUAAUAAAGCGGUUUAAUCAUGGCAAAAAAAUGUUGAUGGUCGACAUUGCCUUUUAAUCUUCUUAACCCGCGGGUCGACCCGUUUUGACCUUGCCCGGUGAGAAAAACGGGUCGCACACACCCGUCGGGUCGACCGCUAUAAGGUACCGGGUUGAAGGUCAAAUUGUGUCUUUUUUUUUUUUGCUUUGCGAAAUGCGCAUAUUUUACGAUUUUUCUUUUCGCCUAACUCAAUCUUUGGAAUCCUAAGUUGAAUAUUUGAAUAUUGAUGUAUAUAAGUGUGUGUGAAUUUUCACUUUAUGCUAUAUCUAAGUACGAUAUGUUAUUUUGGUGUAAUAUUAUAUGUUAUAACUCAUAUGUUAGAUAAGAUUUGAUAUAAUUUAUAAGAAAAAGUACAAUAUAAUGACUCUUUCCAUAUUUCCAGGCCAAAUUGGGAUAAAACAGUUGACCCAUUGACUCUUGACCCACUAGCUCGACCGGGUCCGGGUCAACCCGCUGGUUAACAACCUUGCUUUUAAUUGUUGCUGACCUCAAAGCGGUGGCUAACCGGUCACAUCAACUCCCGCCACAGCUGAAAUUUUAAUUUCCGGAUAUAUCCUCCGAGUCUCGCUCCCCCCAUGGACGGGCGACUGGUCUGAGAGAAGGGCAGGACAGUAAUUAAGGCAGUUUCUUCUUGGCGGCCGGUUUGUCUCUACUCUACUGUCUCGCUCUUUGUUUCGUUGGCCCCAAAACUUUUGUUGUGGUUUCGCAGUGGAACUCUCUCAUCAGUUUUGUUUUGUAUUUGCUCUUGGUCUUGGAUUCACCAUCCCUUCCCUUAGGUAAGUUGGUUCCCCAUUUGUCAGUCAAACUCAAAACCCUGGUUUUUAGGGAUCUUUGUCUUCUUCGUCAGCUCCUACAAUAUCCAAUUACGUCAAAGAAUGGCGCCGCGGACGAUCGAGACGGAACGCGUUGCCUAAAGUGGUGAUCGAGAGAGACUCGGAGUCUGAGCAAAGCUCUUCCUCCGAAGACAAGACAAUGGAGAAGACGAUGAAGGAACACAACACUCUAAGAUUAACAAGGAAAGGCAUCCAUUAAUACCUUGAGUCUGCAUAAACUGUGCAAAGUAAAGACAUUGUUGUAUUUGUUGCUCGUGUUUCAGUUUUAAUUAAUGUUGGAUUUAUUCUCUUUGUUAUGGUUAAUGAUAUACAUUUCCUUUCCUACAGAGCAUCAGUUCAAGCCUGGGGCCUGGCAUUGCUGCAGUUUUUAUCUUCUCCUGUUUGUUGCAGAAUUUGAGUUAGUUCCAUUCUUCAGCCUUUGUUAUUACUGAAUAAUCAAAUAGUUUUCCUCAGCUCAAGAUUGCAUCCAUUUAUCUGUGUACUCUUUUCAUCCAAAGGGGUUCUUGGAAUUGUCCAAAUUGGAAACUCAGCUCUGCGUGUUUGGACUUGGCAGUAGAUCGACUUUAGAAGUUCUUAUUUACAGUUGUACAAUUGUAUUUCCCCUUGUAUUUAACUUUCCCUAUAGCCUCUCUGUAUCUUGUAUAAAUCCCCUCAAUACACAUCAAUGCAAAAUCACGUUUGAUUCCCCAAAGCAUCUGUUAUGCUAUCAGAGCAUAGCAACGUUCAGCUAGGCUUUUGAUCCAAUAACGCUUCUGUUCUCUUUUCCCCGCUCUCUUUUCUCUUUUCUUUCCUUUCAUUUCAGAUCCAAAUCUUUUUCUUUCCCUCUUGCUGCGAUACCUCACCAUGACAACUGAAGACGCAGUUAUGACGCUCAAUCCGGCCACUCAUUUGCCGCUCAAGCUCACAUCUCUCAAUUAUACCUCCUGGAGAUCUCAAGUCGAGACACUACUCGUGGCCCUACACCUCCUUGGUUUCGUCGACUGCACCUCUGUUGCGCCGGAGAAGACAGUCUGUAACAGCCGUGACGGAUCUGGAUCUUUCCCGACGAUUAAGAAUAGAGAAAUAGACUAGAUCGAGGAAGAAGGGAGGUGAAUUUAAUAAGAAGAAUCAGAGAAUCAGGGGAAGAACAGAGAAGGGGAGGAAGAAGAAUAGAGUACAGAGAAGAAGAUUGAGAUUAGAGUGUUUUGUUAUUUCUUUCUUUCUUCUCUCGUUCACAGUACAAGACCCUUUAUAGGGCUGGUCAAUUACAAAAGACACCUCCAACUAAAAAUUUGUGACAACUAAAUCUCAAUCAUUACAACUCCCAAACCCUCAAAAAUAGACUUGUCCUCAAGUCUAUCAACAACACAACAACCCACGACAUAAGAAAUGACAAGAAAAUGAACUAGACAUAGUACCUCUCUCUUAGUUUAAUAAUAUCUUCACCAUUAUAAAAAAAAAAUGAACUAGACAUAUGAAACUGCAACAACAAAGGUAGUUGGUUGUUCUCCUCGUUUGAAACCAACCCUACUCUUUUCAAAAUUGAAUGAUCCACCUAUACUUCGAAAAAAAUCUCAAGUUACACAUGUUUUAAAAAAAAAUUCUCAAAAUACACAUGUUAUGAAAAUAAUUCCCAAUCUACGCAUGUUUGAGCCUUCACCGCGUGAAAGAAGGGUGAUGAUUACAUCACCGCUGUAGAGGAAGGCGGUGAUUGCAUCACCGCUCUAGAGAAAGACGGUGAAGGCCUGAUCUGCGUCAAAACUUUAAACAAACGUAACUUCGUGCUCGGUUAUCCGAUCGUAGCGAAAUGUUUUUUUAUUCCGCAUAAUUUUUCGAGAUCUUGCAAGCCGCAAACCGACGUCCCACCUUCGUCUCGAAAAAAUGUCGUUUGCUACCCCGAACAAGUCUUUUUUCGAUUUCGUCAAAUUUUGAACGACCAUAACUUUGUUCUCCACAAUCCAAAAAUCAUGAAUUUUUUUUUGAUUUCGCAUAACUUUUUAAGGACUACAAUUUUUAUCAUAGACAUAAUUUCGGAAUGUACUUGGAUUCCUGAAAAGGGAAGGUAAAGUUAUUCCCAAAAUCCUAUCCAUAAAUAAUUAAUUUUUGAAAAUUCUCUCCUACUAAAAAUUGUGCUCCUUAAAAAGUUAUACGAAAUAAAAAAAAAAUUCAUGAUUUUCGGAUUGUGGAGCACAAAGUUAUGGUCGUUCAAAGUUUGACGAAUCGAAAAAAGACUCGUUCGGGGUAGCAAACGACAUUUUUUCGAGACGAAGUCGGCGGUUUGCGGCUUGCAAGAUCUCGAAAAAUUAUGCGGAAUUAAAAAAAAUUUCGCUACGACCGGAUAACCGAGCACAAAGUUACGUUUGUUUAAAGUUUCGACGCAGGUCAGGCCUUCACCGCGGCCGUGUACUGCGGUGAAGCAUUCACCGCCUUCGUCGACAGCGGUGAUGUCGACAGCGGUGAUGCAAUCACCGCCUUCCUCUGCCGCGGUGAUGCAAUCAUCGCCCUUCUUUGCCACGGUGAAUGCCCAAACAUGCGUAGAUUAGGAAUUAUUUUCAUAAUGUGUGUAUUUUGAGAAUUUAUUUUAAAAACAUGUGUAACUUGAGAUUUUUUCCCCUAUACUUCACCCUCCUAACUGUUCAUUGGCAAGAGCUUAGAACUCAUCAUAGGCUGCCGCAGUAAGCGUAAGCUACUGAUUGAUUGGAUAGAACCCUGCAAGCAUAUCACCAACUAGUCCCAUAUAGACACCAACAACUUCAUGCUCACUGUAAACAGCACAGCCUUUAACCCACAAUCAGCUCAAGCUUUCUCUACUACUGCAACACACCGUAUAUCAUUAACAAACAUCAUGCUCAUUAUAAACAGCACAGCCCACCAGCCAAGUGACAACAAUCCUUAUAAGUUAUAAGGCUCCUUGAAACCAGGGCGCCUUCCUCUGCCACAAGAUCGUACCCAAACCCCGUAGUAAGUAGGGUAAACCCUAUACUUAUAAUCCCAACUGGUUUAGCAGCACUCUACAACGCCCUCUAUAAAUCCAACAUCGAAAU